UGUGAGCUGUGCAGCGUGAUAGUUGUAGUUUCCGGUCGGAACCUUUUGAUGGACGGACAGUAGGAGGAGCAGUGCAGGGCUGAUCUCUCAGUGUGUUCUGUGACAGUCAGCUCAGCUUCCUGCUGUCAUCCAGGAGCACAGAGGAGGAAGCACAGCACACAAGACGGGUGAUACAAGAUGUGGCAGUUGGUUACAGCGAUAGUAUUCGUACUCACGAUUACAGGACAGUCACUGGAACGGAAUAUCAGAAGUAUAGAUGGCGGAGUUUUCUAUACAGCAGAUCCUGAAGCAUCAAUGAAUAUUACUGAGCUGAUCCGAUACCAGGGAUACCCCAGUGAAGAAUAUGAGGUGGUCACUGAAGAUGGUUAUAUUCUGAGCAUCAACCGAAUACCACAUGGGGUCAAAUAUCCAUCUACAGAUGGAAGACCGGUGGUGUUCUUACAGCAUGGAUUGCUCGCAGACGGCAGUAACUGGGUCACCAAUCUGGCAAAUAAUAGUUUGGGAUUUAUCCUGGCUGAUGCAGGUUAUGACGUGUGGAUGGGGAAUAGCCGGGGGAACACAUGGUCCCGGAAACACAAGACCUUGUCACCUGAUGAGAAAGAGUUUUGGGCUUUUAGCUAUGAUGAAAUGGCCAAAUUAGAUCUCCCUGCUGUUAUCAACUUUAUUUUGCAGAAAACAGGACAGGAACAGAUAUACUAUAUCGGCCACUCUCAGGGCACCACGAUAGCGUUUAUUGCAUUUUCAAGCAUGCCUGAGCUCGCCAAGAAAAUCAAAAUGUUCUUCGGUCUUGCCCCUGUGGCUACCAUCAAAUUCUCCAACAGUCCACUCGCAAAACUUGGUAUUUUCCCAGAGUUUGCUAUCAAGGACCUGUUUGGGAUGAGGGAAUUUUUACCACAGUCGGAAUUUAUUAAGUGGCUUGCCACUCACUUUUGUACCCAUGAAGUGGUGGAACAGAUAUGUGGGAAUAUUUUCUUUAUUCUGUGUGGAUUUAAUGAGAAGAACCUCAACAUGAGCAGAGUAAAUGUGUACAGCACGCAUUGUCCAUCAGGAACAUCCGUACAGAAUAUCCUCCACUGGGCCCAGGCUGUGAAAAGCGGUGAGCUGAAAGCAUUUGACUUUGGAGUCGAGGGCAAUCUUGCUCAUUAUAAUCAGACUAUUCCUCCUUUCUACAAUGUGAAAGACAUAGAGAUCCCAACUGCUCUGUUUAGUGGAGGCAAUGACUGGCUAGCUGACCGUAAGGAUAUGUCUUUGCUGCUCACUCAAAUCAGCAAUCUGGUCUACCACAAGGAGAUUCCAGAUUGGGAACAUCUAGAUUUCAUCUGGGGUCUGGACGCUCCUGAACGCAUGUACGGUGAAAUAGUUAAAUUACUGAAGAAGUUCUCCUGAACAUUUACAUUUCACAGAUAACUUGUGUAACAAA